CGCGCCCCCCUGCUUCUGGUCGGGCCUGGGUCGUGGUGCACCACGGGAGCGCCGCGUGGGCGGGCAUGGAGGAGAGUGGCGAUUCUGAGCCGACCCCGGGCUGUAGUGGUCUGGACUCGGGCGGCGUUCGCGAUGGCGGAGGCGCUCACAGGUGGACUCCGGCGGACGCCUGGAUGAGCACCCACCCGAAGGUUUUUCAUUUGUUGAAAGCCUACACGGACUCCAAACACAGAACGAGUUCAGACUUUCUUCAGGAGCUGACUGACAUCACUGUUUGUACCAAAGCCAAACUCUGGCUGGCCAAGAGGUAUGUUAAAACCCCACGUUAGCAAGGAGUUAUUGGGGUUAGCAGCACAUUUGAAAGUUGCCAUUAUCUACUUGUGGAGAGUUUUAAAAGUCAUUGGCAUGAGUU